CCUGAAAGAGUGCGGCAGCGGAGAGAGGAUGGGACGAAAAGGAGCCUGCUGACGCGCAGAGUGUCGCCAUGGUGUGGUGGAGCCCUCUGUCCCUGCUGAGGGACGCCCUCAGAGGUCAAAGGGCCCGGCAGCAGGACCUCCGCCACUUGGCGUCCAAUCUUCCCUACGAGGGCCUGGAGAAGAGGAAGCAGCCCAACCGCUACUUGCCGGGAAACGCCAUCAAGACCACCAAAUACACCCUGCUCUUCUUCAUCCCCAUGAACCUGUACGAGCAGUUCCACCGCCUGGCCAACAUCUACUUCGUGGGCCUGGCUAUCCUCAACUUUGUCCCCGUGGUGAACGCCUUCCAGCCCGAGGUGGCUCUCAUCCCCAUCUGCGUCAUCCUGUGCCUCACCGCCCUCAAAGACGCCUGGGAGGACUUCAGGAGGUACCAGUCGGACAAGAAGCUCAAUAACAUGCCGUGCUUCGUCUACAGCAGGAAAGACAAGCAGUUUAUGGAGCGACGUUGGAAAGACGUGCGAGUGGGUGAUUUCUUGAAGGUGCUCUGCAACGAGAUCGUCCCUGCAGACCUUCUGCUCCUGUACACUUCAGACGCCAACAGCGUGUGUCACAUAGAGACAGCCAAUCUGGAUGGAGAGAUCAACCUUAAGGAGAGGAGGGCCGUGGCUGGGGUCUGCAUCACGGAGCCUGACUUUGAACCUGAAAGUUUCAACAGCAUUGUGGUGUGUGAAAAGCCCAAUAACAAUCUCAACCAUUUCAAGUGUUAUGUGGAGAAAGCGGAUAAAGAAAAGGUGGGUGCUGGAAUUGAGAGUCUGCUGCUACGAGGCUGUACUGUCAGAAAUACAGACCAUGCUGUUGGCUUUGUGGUGUAUGCAGGCCAUGAAACCAAGUCCAUGCUCAACAACAACGGACCAAGAUACAAGCGCAGCAAACUAGAGCGGAAACUGAACGUGGACGUCAUCUUUUGCGUCAUUCUCCUCCUCGCCAUGUGCCUGGUCGGAGCACUAGGUCACUACUAUUGGCGGCAGACGCUACCUGGCGUGCCCCCUUACCUGGUCCCUGACAGCAACGGUCACCUGGACGGUCCCGGUCUGUCUGCCUUCUACAUGUUCUUCAGCAUGAUCAUUCUGCUCCAGGUCCUGAUACCCAUUUCGCUCUAUGUUUCCAUCGAGUUGGUGAAGAUUGGCCAGAUCUUCUUCAUUAUGAAUGACAUAGAUCUUUACGAUGAGGAGGCAGACAGCCGCAUACAGUGUAAAGCCUUGAACAUUACAGAGGACCUGGGUCAGAUUGACUACAUCUUCUCAGACAAGACAGGAACGCUCACGGAGAACAAGAUGGUGUUUCGACGUUGCUCCAUCAUGGCCACAGAGUACCCACACAAAGAGAACGCCAUCCGUUUGGCAGUUAUUGAUGAGCCAGAUACAGAAGAGGAGGUCAUCUUUAACCAGCAGCCGCAGCCCCCACAGCCUGUAUGGUCUGUGGCCGCUGAGGACAGCAGCCCCAAAGGGAGACAACAUCAGCAUGGAAGCAGACACAAGAGCAAGUUCGCAGUAAACGCCCAGAGCAACGUGGCCUUCAGCAGUCCGCUGGAAACUGAGGUGAUUCCAGACAGGAAGCUGCUUCGGCGUGUCAGCAUCGCAGAGAGAAGCAGCAGCAGCCAGAAGAUAGAUCCAUACCUGGACUUUUUUCUGGCUCUCGCCAUUUGCAACACUGUGGUGGUUUCCAUGGCAACAGGUCGGAGACGGAGGACAAAUGAGUAUGCAAGUUCCGUCCAGUCAUCGAAUCCACUGGACAACUUCUCCAACCUUUUGAAGAGAGCGGGUUCAGUUCGCAACAUAUUUGCCUCUAAAGCCAAAAAGGACCGAACCUUCUCGGACAGUUCUUUUAAAGAGGAAGAUCGCUUUAACCCCUCCCCAAAAGUGGACGAUUCGGGAGUUUUCACAUCAUGUGGGAGUGAGCAGCCCAGCACGGUGUGCUAUGAGGCAGAAAGUCCAGACGAGGCAGCUUUGGUGUAUGCCGCCAAAGCGUAUGGCUUCACUCUGCUGAGCCGCACCCCCGACAGUGUGACUGUGAGGCUGCCGUCUGGCCAGAAGCUGGUUUUUGAGGUUCUCGACACGUUGUCCUUUGACUACAACAGGAAGAGAAUGUCUGUUCUUGUGCGACACCCCAUCACCAAGGAGUUUGUGCUGUACUCCAAAGGUGCAGACUACGCUAUCAUGGAGCUGCUUGGUGCACCAUAUGCUGAGCAUCUCAGUGGAAAUCAGAGGGAUAUUGUUGCAGAUACCCAAUAUCAUCUUGACUGUUACGGUAAAGAGGGCCUGCGUACGCUUUGCUUCACGAAGAAGGUCGUGAACGCCAAAGACUACGAAGACUGGCGCUUGAGCAGACUGAGAGCUAAGGCUGCCAUCGACGGCAGAGAGCAGCUCAUUACGGACACCGCUGUGCAGCUGGAGACUAACCUCACCCUGCUGGGGGCGACAGGCAUCGAGGACCGUCUACAGGACAACGUUCCAGAAACCAUCGUGGCACUGCGGGAAGCGGGAAUCAAGGUGUGGGUGCUGACUGGAGACAAGCCGGAGACAGCUGUCAACAUCGGCUAUGCCUGCAGGCUGCUAGAAGACGAAGACCUGGUGAUUAACAUGAGCUCCAAAAACAAGAUCGCAUGCACUUCUAUCCUGGACUGCACUCUGGAGGAGGUAAGGAGGUACGAAAACGACCCUCGUAAUGUGGAUACAACCCCAGACAUCUCUCUGGUGAUCGACGGACGUACCCUGGCCAUGGUUCUGUCGCCGGAUCUGCAGGGCCGAUUUGUGGAGUUGGCAAAGCGGUGCCGCUCUGUGCUCUGCUGUCGAGUUACGCCCUUGCAGAAGAGCGUAGUGGUGAAGCUCAUCAGGGAGAAUCUCGGGGUGAUGGCGCUUGCCGUCGGUGAUGGAGCCAAUGAUGUUAACAUGAUCCAAGCAGCCGAUAUCGGGAUCGGCAUAUCCGGUCAGGAAGGAAUGCAGGCAGUCAUGGCAAGUGAUUUUGCAAUAUCUCGCUUCAAACACCUGAAAAAGCUCCUGCUGGUUCAUGGACACUGGUGCUACACUCGCCUGGCCAACAUGAUCAUUUACUUCUUCUUUAAAAAUUUGGCCAAUGUCAACAUUCUCUUCUGGUAUCAGUUCUACUGUGGUUUCACAGCGGCCACCAUGACAGACUACUGGCUGCUGAUUUUCUUCAACCUCUUCUUCACCUCAGUACCCCCCAUCAUGUUUGGGAUCAUGGACAGAGAUGUUUCGGCAGAGGUGCUGCUCGGUGUCCCUGAGUUGUACAGAACUGGACAAGGUGCUGGGGUGUAUCGAUUUUCCACCUUCUGGAUUAACAUGCUUGAUGGCUUCUAUCAGAGUUUCAUUUGCUUCUUCAUUCCAUACUUGACUUACCAGGGUUCGGACAUUGACGUGUUUACCUUUGGAACUCCUUUGGCCGCGGUCUCCUUGUUUACCAUCCUCCUGCAUCUCUCGAUAGAGAUCAAAGCCUGGACAUUUGUUCACUGGAUCACCAUGCUGGGCAGUGUUGCGGUCUACCUCAUCAUGACGCUGCUGUACAGCUCUUGUGUUACUUGCAACUCGUACUGGACCCUGCAGAAUCAAAUGAUAGACCCUGUUUUCUACCUUGUCUGCAUCCUCACCGCUGUGGUGGCCCUGCUGCCCAGGUAUGUGUUUCACGUGAUGAGGAACUCUAUCGCCCCCACCCCGAUUGUGCAAGCCAGGCAUCUGGACCAACUGGAUCCCUCCACCAGAGACGAGUGGAUCAAAGAGUGGAGGGGCUUCAGGGGCGGAGGGGCGGUCAAAGCCUCCAAACUGUCCACGCCGCCUUCGCCCGUCCUGGACACGACUCCCCAGUCCCCGACCGACUCAGAUUUUUUAGGACAUGAAAUCACACUUGAAUCCAUGCACAUGUGACAAGCGACUGCACCGAUUAUACAAUGAAGAUAAUUUAUUCCGAACAUGGUUUACACUCGGAAGUGGCUCAUCGGGGGACGAAGCGACUGGCCUGCUUUUCGCGUCAUCAGCAGGUAGAGAAACACUUAUUCAGUCUCACAUGUGAAAUAUCAUUGAUUGACCAAAGAAAGCUUGUUCAACCGUUCUCCUUUAUUCGUAAGCUGUCACAGUGAACACAUAAGCCUGUUACUGUACAUUCCUGAUGGGAUUUCAGGGCACAAAUUCUAACAGUGGGAAUUCUGUGAACGACACUGCCUGUAUGAUGGAAUGAAUAGGCCGGUCCUGCCACUACUCUCCUAAUGUUUUAAACAUUUUGUGUGACGGUAACAACUGUUGUGCUCUCUGGAAUGUGAGUGUUAAACUCUUCGAAUGCAGUUAAGAAAAGGUUCGCUUUCUUACCACAUGAAAGGGAUUAUGGAAAUUCAAUGCUUUAGCUCAAUCUUCUUGUAAAAAAAAAAAAAAAAAAAAGGAGGGGGAGUUGAUUUAUCAUUGGCAUACUUCAUUAUAUAGCAGCAGUGCUAGUUAUAUAAUGUCCCACAAGCUGCUGUUUGUUCACUGCUGCGCUCUAGUGGUGGAUGUGAGCAACUGCAGAAACGUGAAGAAAAUAUUAGAUAA